GGUUGGCCAAACCCUCCGCUCGAUCCUCGUAGCGGUGUCCUCGCCCUCCGAACAACUACAUGCUUUGAACUAAAAUAUAAUUUAAACGAUGCAGUUCAUGUUGUUGUUCAGUCGGCAGGGAAAGCUUCGGUUGCAGAAAUGGUAUAUCCCCCUGUCUGAUACUCAGAAGAAGAAGAUCUCUCGUGAGGUCAUCCAGAUGGUACUGGCACGCAAACCUAAGAUGUGCAGUUUUCUAGAGUGGAGGGAUUUGAAGAUUGUCUAUAAAAGGUAUGCCAGUUUGUAUUUCUGCUGUGCUGUUGAAGACCAGGAGAAUGAGCUCAUCACCCUGGAGAUCAUCCAUCGAUAUGUGGAGCUGUUGGAUAAGUACUUUGGCAGCGUGUGUGAACUGGACAUCAUCUUCAACUUUGAGAAAGCGUACUACAUCUUAGAUGAGUUCAUACUCGGUGGGGAGGCGCAGGAGACAUCCAAGAAGAACGUACUCAAGGCCAUUGAACAGGCAGACAUGUUGCAAGAGGAGGCAGAGGCUCCACGCAGUGUAUUGGAAGAGAUUGGUCUGACAUAAACGCUGUCACCCGAAACAAACCCCAGUCAAUACACUCCUUGUCUAUCAGCGGAGUCUGACAUAUUUAACUGCCAACACACUCCUUGUGUAUUAGCUGGGUCUGCCCUCGUCACCAUAUGUUCAAGAAUUAACCUUUAACCGAGAUAUUUUUGGGGUGAAUGAAAUUGUGUCACAUGGCAUUGUAAUUGUGAACAUUUUUUCCAAAGCAUUCCCUUCAACAUCAUUUGCUUUUCUGACUGUCAGAGCUUCUGGAAGCAUAUUAUUUUAUUAAUCACAAAGUUGCAGUGCAAUAUUCUUUGUACAAUGUCAGUUUGAUUUGGGUCUGUUAAAAUCAUUGGAUUUCCAAGGACUUUGGCUACUGAAAUUUAGAGGGAAGCAGACACUUCAUAUUGCCUACAUUUUCAACUGCCUUAAGACACAUAGACACAGUUUAUGUUGUCUACCAGUAUUUACUGCAAAUCUAACUUUAACAACUCAAUUUCUACAUUUUACAGUAUUUCUCUGUAAAGGGAAUUUGUGUCAAGCUAAAGGCUGACUAGCCUAUUUCAAGCCAAUAGUUUGUUUUAAUGUUAUGGGCAAGCUAGAUCAGUCUAAUCAAAGUUGAUUGAAGGGAAUGAGAAAAUCACUUUCAGUAUUGCAGUGUGACAAAAUGAGAGUACAUGAAUACAUUUCAGUGUUAUAACAGUGCAUACGCCAGUGUGCUUCGAUGAUACGACCGAUGACACUGUUUCCUCCUUAACACUUUCUUAUUAACAUGAUUUUGAAAGUUUCUGUUUAAUAAAUUGUUGACUGAGACAGUCAUGUUUACAAAGCCAAAGAGCU